GAUUAGUACCUUUUAAAAAAUAAAUAAUUGUUUUGAAACUACGUCUUAUAGAUUCAAUGCAUGAGUUCAAAUAAAUAAAUAAAAAGAUGUCGAAAAUAUUUACACCUACAAAUCAGAUUCGUUUGACUAAUGUUGCUAUAGUUCGAUUAAAAAAAGGUGGUAAAAGAUUUGAAAUAGCAUGCUACCGAAAUAAAGUAAUAUCGUGGCGAAACAAAGUCGAAACAGAUAUUGAUGAAGUAUUGCAAACACAUACUGUAUUUACUAAUGUAUCUAAGGGGCAAGUAGCAAAGAAGGAAGAUUUAAUAAAAGUAUUUGGAAAAGACAACCAAACGGAAAUAUGUAAGGAAAUCCUGGAAAAGGGUGAAUUGCAAGUAUCAGAUAAAGAGAGACACUCACAAAUUGACUCUCUUUUGAAAGAUAUUGCCACAACUGUAGCUGACAAAUGUGUUAAUCCUGAAACAAAGUGUCCAUACCCUGUUUCAAUAAUUGAGAAGGCUAUGAAAGAUAUACAUUUUUCAGUAAAUGUUAACAAGAAUGCUAAGCAACAGGCUCUUGAUGUAAUACAACUGGUCAAAAAAGAGUUACCAUUGGAAAGAGCCCAAAUGAGGGUAAGAAUCCUAUUGAGUGGAAAAGAAGCUCGCAAAGUGAGAGACAAGGCUGUUAAGUUGACAACUACAGUUGAAGAAGAAACUUGGGAUGCAGGUACCGCUAACAUAAUAUGCCUCAUAGAUCCUGGAAGUUUCAGAAGUUUAGAUGAUAUGAUAAGAUCAGAAACAAAAGGAAGUGGCCAGUUUGAACUUCUAAGUUUAAAAGAGACUAUUGAAGGAGAACAAAGUCUGUAAAGAUAUAGUUACAGCUAUAAUUACUAUACUAUUCAUACCCAUAGUAUCUUAAUUUCCGACUAUUUGAUAAAUUAAGUUCACUUUAUGUCACAAGUACUAGAAGAGAAACUGCAUAUAUGUUGCAGCUAUAUGUAAGGAAUUUCUUCAUGGAGUAUGUAUAACUUUUUCUUAUCAGUAGUAUGAGAAGCUUUUGAAAAGCUACUACUUUUAAAACCUUUAAAUACACAUUUCUUGACCUGUGAGGUCAAUACAAAAAAAUAUGUCUGAUAUAACAUUUAGUGCAGGUCUCAUUGAUGGAAACAAAUUGGAUGAGAAAAAUUUGAGCAAUUUGUAAUUUUUUAAGAAAACAAUGUUAAUUGAAAAACUUAAAUGUGUUAUUUAUUAAUAUUAAAAACAACUAUUAUUUUUAAACAAA